GCGGCGGCGGCGGCGGCGCGGGCACCGGCCCCCCAGCGGGAGGAUGAAGCGGCGGAACGCCGACUGCAUACGUUUUUAUAUCUGAAAUUCCUGGUAGUGUGGGCACUUGUCCUCCUGGCAGAUUUUGUCCUGGAGUUCAGAUUUGAAUACCUGUGGCCAUUUUGGCUUUUCAUCAGAAGCGUCUAUGAUUCCUUCAGAUACCAGGGACUGGCCUUCUCAGUAUUUUUCGUUUGUGUGGCAUUCACAUCAAAUAUAAUAUGUCUGCUGUUCAUCCCUAUACAGUGGCUUUUUUUUGCUGCCAGCACAUAUGUGUGGGUUCAGUAUGUAUGGCACACAGAGAGGGGAGUGUGUUUGCCCACAGUGUCCCUCUGGAUACUCUUUGUUUAUAUUGAAGCAGCAAUUAGAUUUAAAGAUCUCAAAAAUUUUCAUGUGGACCUUUGCCGUCCGUUUGCUGCUCACUGUAUUGGGUACCCUGUGGUGACUUUGGGCUUUGGCUUCAAAAGUUACGUAAGCUACAAAAUGCGGCUAAGAAAGCAAAAAGAAGUGCAAAAAGAGAACGAAUUUUACAUGCAGCUUCUUCAGCAAGCCCUCCCCCCAGAGCAGCAGAUGCUGCAGAAGCAGGAGAAAGAGGCCGAGGAAGCAGCCAAAGGAUUGCCUGAUAUGGACUCCUCGAUCCUUAUACAUCACAACGGAGGUAUUCCAGCCAACAAAAAACUCUCCACAACUUUGCCAGAGAUAGAAUACCGAGAAAAAGGAAAAGAAAAGGACAAGGAUGCCAAAAAACACAACCUUGGAAUAAAUAACAACAAUAUUCUACAACCUGUAGACUCUAAAAUACAAGAAAUCGAGUAUAUGGAAAACCAUAUCAAUAGUAAAAGAUUAAAUAAUGAUCUUGUGGGAAGUACAGAAAAUCUCUUGAAAGAGGACUCAUGCACUGCUUCCUCAAAAAAUUACAAAAACGCCAGUGGAGUUGUGAACUCCUCACCUCGAAGUCACAGCGCUACAAAUGGGAGCAUUCCUUCCUCAUCUAGUAAAAAUGAGAAGAAGCAGAAAUGCAGUAGCAAGAGCCCAAGUACACACAAGGACUUAAUGGAAAACUGUAUCCCUAAUAACCAGCUGAGUAAGCCAGACGCACUGGUGAGGCUGGAACAAGACAUUAAAAAGUUAAAGGCUGACCUGCAGGCCAGCAGGCAAGUGGAACAAGAACUCCGGAGUCAGAUCAGCUCCCUCUCAAGCACCGAGCGAGGGAUCCGCUCCGAAAUGGGCCAGCUCCGGCAGGAAAACGAGCUGCUGCAGAACAAGUUACAUAAUGCUGUUCAAAUGAAGCAAAAAGACAAGCAGAAUAUCAGCCAGUUGGAGAAAAAGCUAAAAGCUGAACAGGAAGCCCGAAGUUUUGUAGAAAAGCAAUUAAUGGAAGAGAAAAAAAGGAAGAAGUUAGAAGAGGCUACUGCUGCUCGGGCUGUUGCAUUUGCUGCUGCAUCCAGGGGAGAGUGCACCGAAACCUUACGGAAUCGGAUCAGAGAACUGGAAGCAGAGGGCAAGAAGCUCACAAUGGACAUGAAGGUGAAAGAAGACCAGAUCAGAGAACUAGAACUGAAAGUUCAGGAGCUUCGGAAGUAUAAGGAAAAUGAGAAGGACACUGAGGUGUUAAUGUCAGCCCUCUCAGCCAUGCAAGAUAAAACGCAGCAUCUGGAGAACAGUCUGAGCGCAGAGACGAGAAUCAAGCUGGACCUGUUCUCCGCACUGGGGGAUGCAAAGCGACAGCUUGAGAUUGCCCAAGGACAAAUUCUUCAGAAAGACCAGGAAAUCAAGGACCUAAAACAGAAGAUAGCGGAAGUCAUGGCCGUCAUGCCCAGCAUAACGUACAGUGCCGCCGCCAGCCCCCUGAGCCCCGUUUCCCCCCACUACUCUUCCAAAUUUGUGGAGACCAGCCCCUCUGGACUCGAUCCCAAUGCCUCUGUUUACCAGCCCCUGAAGAAGUGAAGGCCCGCUGUGGUUUUGCCCAACCAUUUGGUUACCAGAAGGCAUCGCAAAGGAGCGUCUCUGGCAGUCGAGAUUAAAAAAGUUUAUAUUGUAUUUUGUGGGACUGUAUAUGUUGUUGGUUUUACAAAGGGGGGAAAGAUAACAUCCAAGUCUGAUUAGAACUGCCCAUCAGUUUUUCUUGUAAAUUUUUAGAAGACCUCACAGAACUUUGCAGUUUAUUUUUCUCGGCCAACACAUUAAAACCAUUCUUGGAUUUCAA